GCUUACAUGUGAAAUGGUUGAAGAAGGCGCCGAUGUAGGUUUCAAGUACAACGACACAAAUGAUGCCUUCACACUUGUCGUCGGGAAUAAGAAAAGGCGCAAGCAGCGCCAGCACAAGGCACAUAGUACUCCGGCGGAGUUGCUGGAGCGGAGCAAGUCUGAAUUGCUCUCUGAUUCAGUAUGGAUGGAGAAGUGUACACAUAUCUGUCAAGAUGCGAUAACAAGUCUUCCUGGCGAGAUAAACACGAUACUAUGUCUUGGUCUCGGUAGUCCCACAGAAUCUGCACAGGCACGGUUCCAGUUCUGCUUUUUGCUCGAGUUACGGGAUAAGAUAUUUUCGAGUCAAGUAAGGAUACGCGCGUUCGAUCCAGUGUUCUCGACUGUGGACAUACUCCUUCUGACAUCGCUCGGCGCCCAAAUAUUGCCAGAUAACAAAGAAGGCAAGUAUGAGUUUGACGGGCCGACGCUGGCAUUCAUGCCCCACUGCGAUCGAGAACUUUACGAGAACUUUCUCCAAGCAAACUGGUCCGCUAAACUCCUCACGGACUUUCUCCUGAUCGGGAAUGAUCUUCGCAGAUACGUCGAGAGCGUCCCAGCGCGAGUCCUAGGGAAAGAAAGCCCCUGUCUAAGUCGACUAGCACCACUUCUGGUCUCAUCGCCCCUGCCAGAGCACCACUCGUUCCCAAACGCGUUCAGCACCACAUCCGUCCAGCACAUCAGCUCGGCAUCAUUAGCCACGGGGGCGCAGCGGAACUCCUUCGACUCCCUGUUCGAAAAAAAAGAGACUCCCGAGGUACACCCAGUUAACUCAUAACUGCGACGGGCGGACAUAUGCGUACUCCUUCUCCUGUACGCGUGGCGGCGAAGGACUUCAAGAAGGGAACGACGGGGAGGGAAGCGAAAGAAACGGGGUGGAAUAAACUUUAGAUUUUUUAGGAGCUUCUUGAAUUGAGUUGCCAUGAAUACUCCCUCCGACUCACCCCGGAGUCCGCGUCAUUUCCGGGAACUCGGAUGCUCCUUCUAUUAGUGGCCUUUACUCCUGUCGAGUAGUCUGUCUCCUCAUCAAAGGAAACCCAAGUACCUCCUGAGUACCCCAUAGAAAUACAAUCAGCAUUGAAUAAAGUCAAAUUCCGUUGCAAAUAACCAAUUGUCUACGCCUGCAUGCUCGAUGUCUGUCCCGGAGCUUGAGCGUUCUAUUCUGUGGCGUUUUCCAGUUCUGUCACGCGAAACACGCGGCCAGCCACAAGCGGGAAACGUCUGACACUCGCAUUAGAAUUCCCACACAGCUCCACUCGAUAAGGGCAAAAAACUACGAGCAUAUAAAAAGAGUUCAUACGCUAAGCAGACACGAUGACAACGGAGGCAUAAAGACAAAUAACCGGAAAAAAGUAAAGGCGAGAAAAGUGAGUGAAACGGGGGUAGAAAUAGACAAUCAAUGCAUGGCGGGCCAUAAAUUUACAACUGCGCAGAAAUAAGGACUAAGAGACGAGCAAAAAAUGAAUAAACAUCAGCAGCUUUGAUGGUAGGGACUAUAGACAGGGGUAGAAUCAGAGUGAGCGUCUGGGAGUGGAUCCUCGUAGGGGAAGAAUACAUUAAAUCCGUCGUAGAUGUGCGGCUCGUAUUGGUCUUGAGGAAGGGGGAUAGAGGCGGGGUCUACGAGGCUGAGAGACGCGCGGGAACGAGAGAACGGCGUAGAGAUCGAUUCAGACUCGUCGUCAGACGUGUCCUCAAUGGCAUCUGGAACAGAGCCCUCUGAGUCUUCUAUAUCAUGGUGGUGGUAAGGCAAGUACGGAAUAGAAUCAGAAACGAAACAGCAGUCGUGGGAGUCAUGCUCAAGAGGGGGAUAUGGUACAGGAUAUGGAACAGUGAUGGAUUGGGGCGUGGCGAACUCCUCGGACAAUGAUGUGCAGAAAGACUCGGGAUCCACCAGAGAGUGGAUUUUGAGCUGCUCAGAGCUGGCGUCGUCGAUGCUCACAGGCGAGAUACGGGCAUCAUCCUCGUCAUCGCUGUCUUCAUCACCGAGGGUCUCAAGAAGAGAGUCAAGCCAUUGCUCCUCAGACACCUCAGACACCUCAGGUGCCACUACGUCGUCUCCGGGGUCUGGAAACAUGAACUUAACACUGUCUAAGCUCGAGUCCACCUCCUCGUCUUCCACAUCGGUGUCAAUCUCAUUAGGUGAUUCUGCGACGUCAACUUCGAACGCCGCGUUUUGCGUUGCUAGAUCAGAAUGUACAUCUUGGGUGGUGAUAGAGUUUUUGAGCAACACCCAGCGGUGGAGGCUGAGGUUGUCCCUCGACCCGCCGGUAUACGCUGAGCGUAACUUAGAGCGAGCGAGGGUAGCAAGAUUUGAUGCUAUGGAUGACAUUGUGGUGGAAGCGGACUGAGGCACGAAGCGGGCGAUUGUAGGAUGCAUGGGCACAGACAGCGUGUUGAACGCGUGAAAAGCGAGAUGCGAGUGGUGGCAGGCGGGUGGUGUCAGAAGUGUAUACGGAAUACUCGAGCGGGCUCGAAAAGCAACGAUCCUGAGUUGGAUGUGCGGGCUCUGCAGGCCAUGUUGGUUGUUUAAAUGCUACACCUCGUCAACUGGGUGACAGUGGGCGAGAGGAAGACAAGAGGCAGGAGACAGGCGGAGAA